AUGAAGACAAUUCACGACAUGUUCUCAACGAUGAUGACCAAAAUACAAAAGCGCGAUGCGAUAGAAAAUAACAUCAAUGAUCUAAAACAUGCUCCAGAAUACGCGCAAGCAGAAAUCGCAGAUUUAAGGAAAGAAAACGAGGAAAUAAAGUCUAAACAUGACAUGGCAAUGAGAAAGAUCAACUCAUUGGAGCCCGAUAAUGCCACUAUGCAGUCUAUGGGCAGCAAG